GAGUCAUGGUGGAUCCUCGCGCUCUCAGCUGUGUGUGCCAGCGGCAAGCCGAGCCUCGCAGCUGAUGUAUACUCGUAUCUCAUCUCGCUCCCACACCAUAAGACGCCCAAUCAGCGUCAAAAACUUAUGCGUAAGGUCCGGGAAGCAUUGGUAAAAAUGGUCCCCAUCAUUGGCGUAGCUCGGCCUUUGGAGGCGAUCAUGUGUAUAGAUGCCGUGACUCGUCCCGAAGAUAAAGACAGCAGCUUCUCCCGCGAGCACUGGACAAAUGACAAAGCGAACCACGAACGCGGCACGAGGUGGCUCCGGCAACUCUAUUCUGAUAACCUGGACCCUAUCAAAGACAUAUUCAAGACGCAGAGAGAUUUCGGGUGGAUCUCCGAGGAGAUCACAUACGGUCUGUAUCUCUCGGAUCACCGCAUUUUGGAUGGCGUGGAGACGGAGCUGGUCGUGCUGAGCGGUAUGAUUGCGCAGAAUUUGCCGCGAAUGACGGCUUGGCAUCUGAGGGCCUGUAGAAGGAUGGGGUUGACACCAGAGGAGUGUGAGGUAAUUCAGAGCUGCGCUGAGCGAAUUGUUGAAUUUGCGGGCGUGACAUUGGAACCGCUGCCCAGAGUGAAGAACAUUGAGCAUGAGGUUUGA